AUGUCAUCCCAAUCCAUUCAAAAGAGUGUCAGCCUAACCAGUUACCCAGUACAAACCAUUCGUCUGACCGAACGGAAUCCUCUCUUGUCAUUCAACAUUGAGAUCGGACCUGGAGUUUCGAUACUUCUCGAAGUUUACUCUCACGACAACCCAACCCAAGUGGUCGAAACCGAAGAAUCCAAACAAAAACUCGCCAAUACGCUCAAAUUGAUUAUCCAGUCGGCUUUGAAAGGACGUUCGCUCACUUCCACUCCCACCUCAUAA